GUAGGCACGCUCACUCUCGCGCGGCGCGUCCUCGGUAUUCUUGAGCGCGCUCGCGGCCGCUGCGGGUUCACUCGCUGCACGAUGGCGGAGGGAGGCGGACCCGAGUCGGGUAACGCUUCAGACCCCGACGAGAAGCCGGUGAUCGCACAGACACCAGUACCGUCCACCGAGAGUCAAAAGCAGAGCGUCGGCACACUGCUAAAAACGCCACUUCGAAAGGGAGACGAGUGGUAUUUGACUGACAGCAGGUGGUUCAAACAGUGGAAGAAAUAUGUGGGCUUUGACAGCUGGGAUUUGUAUAAUGUUGGAGAGCACAAUCUGUACCCGGGACCCAUUGACAACUCUGGACUCUUUUCAGAUCACGAGUCUCAGACGUUGAAAGACCAUCUCAUAGAUGAGUUAGACUAUGUUUUAGUGCCUACAGAGGCCUGGAAUAAGCUGGUCAGUUGGUAUGGCUGUCUGGAGGGUCAGAAACCCAUCAUCAGAAAGGUUGUUGAACAUGGAAUGUUUGUGAAGCACUGUAAAGUGGAAGUGUAUUUGCUUGAGUUAAACCUAUGUGAGAAUGACAACAUGGACAAAGUUGUCACCCGCCAUUUCAGCAAAGCAGACACUAUAGAUACCAUUGGAAAGGAGAUGAGGUCUUUAUUCGAUAUCCCAUCUGAAAAGGAAACUCGACUUUGGAAUAAAUAUAUGAGUAAUACUUAUGAACAACUUAACAAGCUUGACAGCACCGUACAGGAUGCAGGGCUUUUUCAAGGCCAGGUUAUUGUAAUAGAGAAGAAGAACGAUGAUGGUACAUGGCCCAGACAGACCUGCCAUUCAAAGUCCAGUACUUCCACCUCUCGGAAUUAUACAACCUCCCCAAAACUCUCUUCAAACUCAUCUGCCACCAUAUCCUCCACAAUAACAAAUGGGGAUAGCAAUAGCAACUCUAGCUACAUGUUGAACAACAGUACUUCUGGUAACAGACUGGGAAGUUACAACUCGUACAGCUCAUCCUACAGUUACAGAGAAUCUUCUGCUCAGCCAGGCCUCUGUGGUCUGAGCAACCUGGGCAACACCUGCUUCAUGAACUCUGCCCUCCAGUGCCUGAGCAACACUCCCCCUCUAACGGAAUAUUUCUUGGAGGACCGGUACGAAGCUGAGAUCAACCGGGAAAAUCCAUUAGGCAUGCGAGGGGAGAUUGCAGAGGCCUAUGCGGAUCUGGUCAAACAGAUGUGGCUUAGUCGGAGCAGUUAUGUGGCUCCACGCACUUUUAAAACCCAAGUGGGUCGGUUUGCCCCGCAGUUCUCAGGGUACCAGCAACAAGACUCUCAGGAGCUGCUGGCCUUUCUGCUGGACGGCUUACAUGAGGAUCUUAACCGUGUUAAGAAGAAGCCUUAUCUGGCCCUGAGAGAUGCUGAGGGGCGGCCUGAUGAGAUUGUAGCCAAGGAAGCGUGCGCGAAUCACCGGUUGCGGAAUGAUUCUAUAAUUGUGGACAUCUUCCAUGGCUUGUUCAAAUCUACGCUGGUUUGCCCAGAAUGCUCCAAAGUUUCCGUUACCUUUGACCCCUUCUGCUACCUCACACUACCCCUGCCCAUGAAAAAGGAUCGCACUAUGGAGGUGUUCCUGGUCCGCACUGACCCACAAUUUAGACCCAUGCAAUAUCGUGUAGUUGUUCCCAAAAUGGGUGUAGUGGCAGACCUGUGCAGCGCUUUGACCAAGCUAUCAGGAGUUCCUUCAGAGAAUAUGGUUGUGGCAGAUGUUUACAAUCACAGAUUCCACAAAAUCUACAAACGAGAUGACGGUCUCAAUCACAUCAUGGAGAAGGAUGACAUUUUUGUUUAUGAGGUGUUAGAGGAAGAUAGUGAGAAGAUGAACCUGCCAGUGUACUUCAGAGAGAGGCAUUCUAAGCACAGUGGAGGCUCUUCGGGCACGAUGCUCUUUGGCCAGCCUCUCCUCAUCAGUGUCCCACGCCACAACCUUACUGUCGAUAGCCUUUAUGAGCGUGUGCUGGAGAGGAUCGGGCGUUAUGUUAAACGUUCACAGGGUACCAUUACAGACAGUAGAGCAUCUGCCUCAGCCACAUCCUCUAGCAGCAGCCAAUCACCAGAAUGCCUCGCUUCAGUGUCCAGUCACAGCACAGGCCUGAGUGCCUGCAGCAGCCCAGUUUCAGAUGGAGCUUCCUGCAGCGCUGGAUCCAACGGCAGCAACCACUCUGGAACCUGCAAUGGCCCCAAUGGAGUUUGUGAUGGUGAUGAGGAAGCCAUGGAUCACCAGGAGAGUCCAGAACCAGAGAACAGUCAUUCAGACACUGUGGAUGGAGAGGAGGAUUCAGAACCAGAGAAUGGGCCCAAUAGCAGUGGUGGAAAAUCUUUUCCUUCUCGACCGAAACUCUUUUCUUUCAGCAUGGUCAACUCCUAUGGCACAGCCAACAUUAGUUCUCUCCCAUUUGAUGGCAAUCUCCUAAAGCUCACAACUCACUCUACAGUAGCCAUUGAUUGGGAUUCGGACACAAAAAAAAUGUGCUACGAUGACCAGGAGGCUGAGGCCUAUGACAAACAUGAGAGUAUGCUACAUGCUCAGAAGAAGAAGACUACAGUAGCUUUAAGAGAAUGCAUCGAGCUCUUUACUACAAUGGAGACCCUGGGAGAACACGACCCCUGGUACUGCCCCACAUGUAAGAAACACCAGCAGGCCACAAAGAAGUUUGACCUGUGGUCUCUCCCACGCAUUUUGGUCGUGCAUCUGAAGCGCUUCUCUUACAAUCGCUGCUGGAGAGACAAGCUCGACACUGUUGUAGACUUUCCUAUUAGGGACUUGAACAUGUCAGAGUUUGUUUGUGACCCCAAAGCUGACCCAUACAUCUAUGACCUCAUUGCUGUUUCCAACCACUAUGGAGGAAUGGGCGGAGGCCACUACACAGCAUACGGCAAGAACAAGGUGGAUGGAAAAUGGUAUUACUUUGACGACAGCAGUGUGUCGUCUGCAACUGAGGAUCAGAUUGUGACUAAAGCAGCCUAUGUGCUAUUUUACCAACGCAGAGAUGCAGACACGCCACCCAAAUCUACCCCCGCCGCAUCACUAGGCGGAGCUCCAGAGACCCUGGACGACCACAUGGACACCAACUGAGUUUCUUUUAGUCUUUCUAGGAAUAACGCUGAAACAAAAACUACAUAAAGAUGAAAUCAGCAAUGCAUCGACGCACAUCCCUGGCUACUUCAGUGACUAUUAAAGGCUCACAAACAGGCCCUUUGUUUUUAGCUUUAUUUUAAUUUUUUUUCUUUCUUUCACACAUGCGUCUUUAUCAAGAGCCAAAAAAGAAUAUUAAUAAUAAAUAAAGAGAAUUUUAGUUUGAAGCGUAACAUGAAAGACUUUAUUGUUGGACCUUGAUGCCUGCUGAUCAUUGAAGCGCAUUUCUUUUAGUCUGGAAUGAGGGUGAAAGGCAAUAUAACCUCUCUUUGGACGACAUGAAUGUUAGAUGAUCUAGAUCAGGAGUGGGGAAAUGCCUAGACAUAGACUAUGUAUGCAACAUUACGCUCAUCUGAAAUGUUUCAGUCAUGCCUCUACUCACUUCCGUUGGACUCUAGCUAUCAGCAUCUUGUAACAUGUGCCUCGUGUGAAGAAUAGACUCUCUGUGUUUAAUAACUUAAGCGUGUGGUGAUAAGCACAGAGAUUCUCUCGGAGAAGCUUGCGCUCUUAUAUUAAAUAUUGUCUCCAUGUUUCAUUUAUUCUAUCACAUGCCACGUUUUUGUUAAAUAUACCAAGCCAGAGAGUGAAAUAUUUCACUUUCAAAGUCGCUCGGCUAUAAGGAUGUCACAAAAUGUCAAGUUUAUUAUCAUGUUGGUUUUUUGGGCGGGCUGCACUCUAACAUAUUCACACUAACAGCCUUUUACGCCCAAAAACUGUGAAAUGGGAAGCUUACGAAAAUGUGGAACAACAUGAGUCACGGUCGUGCCCAAGCAUUUUUUAUUUUUCAGAUAUGAUGGUUGUGCUUUGUAAUCCAUUUUUUUUUCUUUUUUGGUGGAUUUUUCUCCUGUCUAAAUGGCUUCGGUCCAGAGGAAUAUCGAAUGUGGUGCUAAUUUUAUGACAUUUGAAAAGGUACAUGACAAAGAGGAACACCAACAAUGGCUGUUGUUCUAAUUAAGAACAACCUUAUUGAUAAAAAGAAUAGCUCUUAUCAUUACCUGUAGAUGUACAUUGGCACAUUUGCCACGUGAUUAGUUAUGGCAUUAUGUGUGUCAAAUGGCUUUAGCAACAACUCAAAGCUCAAAUGACAAGUGCUUCAUUCUUCUAAGAACAUAAUACACAAAGCAUAUUCUUUUUUGUGUGGCAAAAUGACAUGCAAUUUUUGAAUCUGCAAAACUAUAGAUGGUUGUUCCUGGUGUUUACCGCUUUAUGGUAUUAGCAGUCACUGACUGGUAAAUCCACUCUUGUUAUUUAUGGAUCCAGAUAUAAAAUUGAAGACAAACUGAUCAUUGACUCAAGCUGCCCCCCUGCAGCUCCUACAUUAGUAAAGCAUCCAGCAAAAUGUUUUGUUUUUGUAAAAUCAUAGACUUUUCUUGCAUAGAUGUACAUAAUCUGGGGCACAGGACAUAGCUGCUUUGUGUUCUUCUAUUUAUCUUGCCACCAUGUGCAACACCAGAUAUUGAUUAAAGCCUAUUUGAAUUAAAAAUAUAAUAAAAUGUGGAAGCCUGA